AUGGAUGAUGCUCUAUGUCAAAACUUUGAUGUUUUGAUGAAGUAUUUACCUGCUGAAUUAGGCGGAACCGCAAAUUUUGAAUUUAAACAAAUUACAAAUUUCGAUAAGUACUGCCCUAAUGGAGACUGCAAUACUAAUCUCGAAAAAAUUACAAUUGGAUUUUUAUGGUUACUUGAACAAUGUUUUUCUACACCCAUAAAUAAAAAUCAUAAUGAAAACAAUACUAAUGCAUAUUUUAUAUAUGUUGUAUUAUGGUUAAGUUACAAAUUAAAUCAAAUAACAGGCCAAAAUUUCACUAAAAUAAACGAUUUUUAUACUAAUCAAGUAAAUAAUAGUGGUAAAUAUAGUAAAUUUAUAAGUGAUUCCAAUAGAUAUACAAAUAUUAAGGAAUUCAUAGAGAAACAAAAAGAUUUGUUGAAUAUUAAUAUUGAAGAUCUUUCUAAAUUUUAUGAUGCAUCCAAAUUAAUAUGUAGUAUGUAUGGUAAUUAUGCAAUGAAUAAUAAUAACAAACUGUCAAAUAAUGCUACUAGUUUUGUUAACACAUAUACAGAGCUUAACAAUAACUAUAAUACUAAAGGUACCGCAUAUAGUCAAAUACUGUCUGCCUUAUCAACUGAUUAUAAUAAUUUAAAAAAUAAAUGUAGCAAUAUUCCAACCCUUUCAGAGAUAAACACAUCAAAAAAUACUGUAGAAACUUCUGAUCAAAGUCCUGAACAAAGUGUACAAAUAUUAGAACAUAUUUCUGAAGUUACAUCAUCAAGUUCGUCGAUAGGAAACAAAUUAUUUACAGUUUUAUCGAUAUUUGGUGCAAUAGCAUUUUUUUUAGGAAUUUCUUAUAAGUAUUCGUUAUUUGGACGUCGGAAACGAUCUCAAAAACAAUAUUUAAGAGAAAAAAUAAAAAAUAUAAAGAAGAGAAUGAAUCAUUAA